AGUGGUGUCUGACUUCCUGUGUGUGUGAGUGUGUCAGAGAGACGGGGUACUAGAGAAACACCUGCUGUGCUUACAGACAACCAAAUGUCAGAGGAGUACUCAACACAGCACUGAAACCAUCACAUGUGAGUACUACUAAACAUACUGUUUGUGUUUUAGUUGUUAAUAGCUGAUUUAUGAGUGUUUGUGUAAAAGAAAUGUCAGAAUAGGGGUAUUUCUGCUUCGAGGCUCAAACUGCCUCUGAAAUCCUCAAGACGCCGCUCGGGAUCCAUUCUGAAAGACAGAUGCCAAAGGGGCACUUAAGGGCAAGGUUGAAGUAUUCACAUCUGGUCUUGUUUGAGGCUGUAUUUUAAAAGUCUUUAACUCAUUCAGCAUACUGAUUUGCCUCGGCCUUGGUCUGGUUGCAUCUCGCUAGAAUUCAGAUUUUGCCUCAGUAAUUGGCACAAGUCAUGUCUGUGCUUCAGCUGAAUGUUCUCUCAAAGUGAGCUGAAGAACUCAGAUGGAAUCAAUACCUUUGAGUUUGACUUCACAUAAGGUUAAUUUUCAGUCCUAAUCUAUAAAUUUAUCUAUAUAUGAAGGAGAUUUUAGUGACAGUGUUUAGACAGUGCUUUUCAUCUGACAGCGACACUGAGAUGGACUUCAAAAUCUCACAUCAGAAAAUCUUAAAAUACGUUUGUCUGUCUCUUGUGCCAUAAAGAGGAGGAUGAAGUAAGAUAAAAAGUUUUAAAAUAACCCCAUGCGCCUGACAUUUUGUUGAUUUCACAAUAAUUGGUGGCGAUGGUGUCAUUCGCUCCGGAAGAAGCAAAUGGUUUUUUUUUUAAUGCAAAAACAACUAAACAAAACAUAAAAACUCUAAACAGUGAGCAGAUGGUGGCUUUAGUGUUUCAUUUUUAUAGCCUUAAUCCUCUUUUUGAAAAAUUCAUUGUUACCAUAAGGAUAUAAUAAUAAUAACAGUGACUGCCAGUAAAUCUCUCUUAACUGGAGGAAUUCAACUUUAUACACUAUCAGUAUUCGUUGUGCCCGAUCAAUAAUUCAGAAAGAAAACAGUAAUUGUCAUUUUAAAAAUAUUUUCACAUUAAUUCCAUGCAGGUUUUUAUUUAAGAAUGACAGAAGAGACACGACCCCUUAUAUUGUUUAUGUAUGUAUCACGUAACAUUUACCAGUGUUUGCUGAACAGUACGGCCUUUUGCAGGUUCGGGGUCUUGCUUAUAAAUGGCAUUAAUGUGCUCCUGAUGUCGCCUACUGAUAAGCAGUAUUACGGUAUAUCUUAUACCAAUACAUGCACAUCGCAGCUUAUCGCUGAAACUCAAAAACUCAAGGCACAUUGGCAUUGUAAAAAGUGAGUGUUUGGGUGCUUCUAGUGUUCUUAAUAAUCUCUACACAAUGUCUUCAUUCGGGGUUUGUCUUACUUAAAAGAAGAAAAGCUUGUGUUUUUCAGUCCGCUUACUGUCAUAUACUGCGACCAGCUCAAUGUAAUAACUGAUUUAUUACAGUGACAUUAACUCGAUAUGACACUGCUACCUGAGACUGUUAUUCACGUAAAUGUACUGAUGUCCCCCGAUAUAGUUUGUUAUCAUAAUUAGGAAUACUGAAAAAAAUAAAGAUAACUAUAAAAUAUAAAAUUGGCUGGACUAACACAGUUGUGGAUUCACAUUUUGUGCUUCUAGUGUACCGCCUGUGCAGAGUAUUUCAACUUGCAAAUUUUCCCUACGCUUCUAAAACCCUGGUGCAUUAAAUCAAAUUGUUUAUCAGCUUUAGAGACCACAGGAGAGCUCAACUAAUCUCCUCCAUGUGGAUCCAGGUUGUCCAUACUUGUUAUCCAUAUUUGUUUUCUAAAAAGCAGUCAGCAGCAUAUAUGAAAAGCCGAAAAGUCUACAUGCUGUAUUAUAUGCAAUCAAAGUCUGUUUGUGAUUGUUUUUGAGUACAUUAUUUUUGCACCUGUCAGUCUGAAAGUAUCUCAAAUAAAGCUUUCAUUUGCAGUACUCUUCUGGAUGUAAAAGCUACAUUAUUGACCGUAUGUAAGCAUACAUGUAUGACCUGGUGAUGUUAUUCAGAUUAGUGUGGGCAUUUCUACCUUGUCAGUAUUUGCCCCUUUAUAGUUUGGUCUUCUGUAAAAAAAGAACAGCUGGAGAGACCUGGUCAAAGACUUAACAUGUGGCUAACCACUCCUCUGCUUCUUUCUGCUAAAAUUUGGGAGACCACAAAUGAUAAGGCUGUCGUAUUAUACAGCUGCCGCAACGAUUAUAAAGCUUCCACUCAGGACAUCUAUCUGAGUCCUUCAUAUCAAAUCCAGUCUGCUGAAGAGUAGGAUAUGAUCAAAUUAUAAACCAUGCCGAACUUUUACACAUAUGGACCAUGUUAGUAAAGGCUCAGCGCAGCUUUUUAACACCACAAAUCAAAUCACACCGAGCUUAAGGAGUAAGUUUGAAUUUGUCGGAUAAAAAAACGAAUCCUCUUCACUGUAAAAAUAUCUUCUGGCGUACCUCAAGGCUUAUUUCUUGGUCCAAUUAUUUUUUCUGUAUUUGUGCCGCCAUAAGAUCAUAUGAUUUACUGUCAUAAAAUCUUAUUUCACCGUUAUGUCAACGAUACACAGCUUUGUCUCACCAUCGGACUAUUUGAACGAACCGGGCACACUCCAGAGCAUUAUAGCUGAUGAAAGAUAUCUCAUAUAUAUCUCAUACAUAUAUAUCGUGGUAUCUCAAAGUUUUCCUCAAUGAAACAGAAAAUCUCUGCCCGCAUCUGAUAUCAUGUCCAGCAGCUCAAUGUUGAUUUAGACAAGCUGAAACACACAUAAGAUGUUUUAAUCAUGGUUUAACCAAUAUCUCUAAAAUUGUCUUUGGCAGUACAGAGAACAUUAUUCAAAGGGUUCUGCAGGGUCAAGCGUGUUGGCUGCUCUGUCGGUCAGGUUUAAGACAAAGCCUGAUUGAGUGUUGGCUGUGCUGGCAGCUCGGCUCUGUAAUAGUCUAAAAGUUAGUGUCCAGUCUGUUUUCAGUGGUGCCUUUUUCACCUGUAUAAUAGUCUCGCUUGUAUCCAUAAAACAGCUCUAGGGCAUGUGGUAAUUUCAUCAGUUGGGGUCUUUUUUUUGGUUGUUUCCUGACAGGUUUAAAAAUGAAGCUUCCAUUGUUCAGUUUUAUUGCCCACUUGUAUUUAAUAGCCUGAGAGUCCCUUUAAAUGUCUUCACGGCUGUUUCUUUUAUGCUGUGUAAUGAACACUUUGUGCUUCUCGUUUGAAAUGAGCUAUUAGACUGGAGCUAUUAUUAAGACAAAGAAUACAGAAGCAGGUCAACAAUCAUAAAAAAGUUUUUCUGUCCUCAGUGUAAACGAUUACUUUGCUGCAUUUUCUCGACUGUUAUGAAAACAUAAAGCCUCCCUUGCACCAGAGGUGUUUUCAUACGAGACAUUAGGAUUCCCUUUUCAUGGCUAUUACUCAGAGUUCUCAUAGUCUAUCCUACACAAAUCAAUGUGCAAACACUCAAACAAAUUCAUAUCAAAGUGAAACUGAAAUUUCUGAAACGGUUAGUGUGCCUCCCUCUUGUAUUUCCAUUUUGCUUUAACUAAAUCGAUGUAUAACUUUAGUGGCCACAAGCAGCUUCCACAUUAUGAUUAUCAGCACCUAUGUAAACCAUGAUACACAGUAUGGAUGGGUUAUUUGUUUUUAUAGCUCAUACUGAACAUGAGACGUCCUGUUUGACAUGACUUCCUAACAGGUAAUUUCCCAUCACGUAGAUUUCCUUCUUAUGAAGCUCCUGCCUCUCGCAUAUGUCAGUUGUCUGUAAUUCAAUUCUGCAGUUGAGUUCAUGUUUGAAAAGCUGAUUCACUGUCAAUUCAUGUGAGAAUAAAAGCUUUAAAAUUCAACCUCCGAGGAGGGAAACGGUUCAUAUAAAGCACAUACAGUUAAGGGUACUGAACCAGGAAAUGAAACAGGUUGGCACUGCUCUUGAGUUGAUGCUGUGAAGUAGCUCACAGAAGAUGACAGCAGCUGUGUAUGUUGGGGACUAGAUGUACUCUGUAAAUGGUACUUUCAUUUUUUAUGAAAGGGUUUAAGUGUGCUGAGCAGGUGGUAAUACAAAGUAGAAUCUCAACAGGGUUAACGGGACCCUACAGUAAGCAGAGGGGUUUUACUCACUCACCCUGAAGGGAUUCCUCUUUUGUAACCACCUCCUAACUAUACAGUACUUGGCUACCAGCUAAAAAUACAGCCAAGCUGACGCAAAAUGUUGAUUUAGUUGAUUUGAUGAAGAGAUAUUUAAACGGGUAGAAAGUAAAUCCUCCAUUUCCACGGCUCAUUACGCUUCCACGGCAACAGACUCUCAUCAGCUUCUUGUGGAACGAAUUAACAUUAAACUGAACAUUUCAAUUCACAGUCAGGUUAUGAUAUUAGCUCGCUUAUCUGUUAUACUUCACGUUCAAUUGAACAUUUUCAUUUCAGAAUAGUGUAAGACAAGGUGAACAGGACUUCUGCUGACAUCCGUGUCCUCGUUCAGGUCUCCUUCGUAGUAAACCUAUACUAAUAAAGCCAAUUUUUACAUAGGUGGUAUCGUAAAACGAGUCUUGUACUAUACAGGAGCAAAGUUUCAGAUUGCAAGGUUUACGUGUGUGUGGAAGUAAUCUCCAGAUGGGACAACGGGGUGCUCUAUAUAUCUCAUUAAAAAUUCAGCAGAAUCAAUAUUUGACUUUUGCUCAAAUCCUUACAUCAGCAGACAGUGAAUCUCCGUAAAACAGCAAAUUUGUCAUUUUAUAUUAAGAAACACAACUUUCUUGUAUGGCAACAGUGAAGGAGGCUGACAGAAUGCUGGGUUCUGGAAUGCUGGGGGGAUCUUUACGGUACACUGGCCUCAAUGAAGCGUCUCAGAGCGAGGCUAAAAUGAGGGAUUAUAAGACAGCAGCCUGAAAUAUGUUCGACUGUAAAUGAUGUAAAGCUGCUAUGAUGACAGAGGUGAUUGGGUUUGAGUAAUUCCUCACUGUUCAGACCAGUCUGAGAUGGAAAUGGGGUUUUUUUAAGAAGAAAGGGAACUUUAUUGAUCCUCAAAGGGAAAUUAAAUUUUUUCGACAAUGUUGACAAAUUUUGAAUGGUUUUAUUUUUUGCUGUAGUGUCAACAGACAGAGGUGACGCUUUCGUGAUUUAAAAUUCAUCAGUUCUGUCAUGGGGUUUCGACCAAUCAGAGUCAACUAUUUAAUUUAACCUGAUCUUAAAGGGAUAUUGCGGCGUAAAAUUAAUUUAGGGUCAAACACACUGUAACACUGAGUUAGACACCCCCGAGAGAGAUGAAUGUUGCCGACCGCUUAUCCACAGCCUUAGCCACCAAACAUCUUUUUAACUUUACCUAAUUUCUUUAGCAAAGAGACAAAACACAACUCACCUACUCUCUUCUAGCAGCCACUUGUCUGUAGCAAGACCUCAGGCCAGUCCAUUAUGGACUACUGCGGGGUGACGCAGCUCAAGGAAGAACAUUUAUGAUGAUUACUUCAUGGAAAUGCAAUCAGACCGAGACGCCAAGGCAGAAGAACUACAGCGUCUGCAGUGAAAAUUUAUUAAUAUGGUGAUUAAUACUUAAAGGAAAUGAAGAAAUGAUCAUAAAUGUUCUUCCUUGAGCUGCGUCAAGGAAGGCAACAUUCAUCUCUCGAGGGGGUGUCUAACUCAGUCUUAAGGUGUGUUUGAACCUAAAUUAAUUUUACACCGGAAUAUCCCUUUAAAGUUAGUAAAAAGGUUUGGUUGUCCAAACUUACUGUUGUAUUGUUGGGAAAAGUACAAAGAAAUACAACAAAUGUGAGUCCUCAGUGUUAAAAAUUCUGAUAGAAAAGAGAUUGAAGCAACUUUUCCUCAAUAAUAGUAGAAUUUAGCACGUUUGCAUACAAGCUAUUAUCGCCGAAGGAUCCUGACAAAAAGCCGACCUUCCUCAAGCGUAGCAUAAAAGAAACAUUCGUUUCCAACAACGGCUUCACUGUUGAGAGCAAUCUCAUUGAAAUAGGAGUUUAAAUACAUCAUCAGGUCAAAACUUGUGAUCGCAUUAACUUAACGACUCUGUCUGUGAACAUUUCAUUAAUAUGAUACGUAACAUAAAGCACAAUGUGACACUAAAUGUAAAGAUACUCAAGUUAAAUGUGCUGUAAUUCAUCAACACAUGAGGCGUUUAUAGAUGCUUUGAAAUUGAAAAUGGAUUUUUUCUUGAGGGGGUUGCAGGGAAGCUUUCUGUCAAACACACAGUAUUGACAGCAGUACGGUUUGUGUUUCAAUCUGUAAUUUACAGCUCAGACCAUGUUCAACAACUCCCAUCCUCUGAGGAAGGCUGGAUGAAUGAAAUGGACAAAAAGAUUAUUUACAGGAAUGAAGUCCCUGUAGUCACAGAAACUAUUCUUGCUGUGAGCGUAUACGACAGUUUUUUAUGGUAACCAACGUCAUUAGUUUAAAAUAAAUCACUUUACAGUAACACAUGCUACAACACGCAGUUUUCCUCUAAUUAAAUAAUUCCACUUGGCCAGCGUUUUCAAUAAACAACACACAAACAUGACAUCAACAACCUCUCAUUAAAACAUGUGUGUUUGUCUUCAACUGACUGGAACAACAUCCACGUACAAAAAAAUCUAUUUUUCCAUUCUGAUGAAAUGAUUAGGCAGCAGCUUAAAAACAUGACAGACACACACCAAAAUAACUUUGGUGUGUUCGAAGGAGGUAAGAGGAGUGGUGAGUAGGAGUCGCUCUGUUUCACAACUCCGAGGUUUCAAAGAAGUUUGAAUGAAAGUUCCCCUCAUUAAAACAAAGUGCUCGCAGCCACUGAGCAGAAUGUCAAUAGUUUCUGAAUCUCAACCUCUUUUCCACUGACAUUUUGUUUAUUUCAGAAACACCAACACUUAGGUACAGUACAAACCUUUACCUUUACACCUCUGAAUGGCGCUGACUUCCUCUGUCGAUUCGGCAUCUACCUUACACAACAUUCGUCUAAAACAAAAUGAUUGUUACGCACAAAAAGAAGUCAAAGAUGGGAAAUAGAUGUGAUCUGAUGAGGGAACCCUCUGUAGGAGAGAAAAGAGGCUAAGGAAACUUGUGAAUCACUCCAUAUUCUUGCUUGUGGCCCACACUUUUUGUCUUUUUCUCUUUCAGGGAUGACUCGAUGUGGUCGAACACCCUCUUUAGGCGUGUGACUAAUGAGGGAGUCCUCACUUUCAGGUGUUUUCCAACCAAAUCACUGCUCAGAAACAGACAUGAAUUCACAGCGAGAGAAAGCAAAGUCAAAUUUGGACCUAUUUUUGGCAGCAGAUUUCUGUCUGUAAUUGAAAACAUUUGUUUGCGCCAGGCUGCAGCAGUAAAUGUUGAGCCAUUGCUUGAAGGUUUUCAUUCUGAGGAGAAAACAAACGGCAUGGUUGUUGUUUCAUUUGGAGCUCAGAGGGAACAGCAGCAGGUGUGAGCCCUUCAUGAAGGCAGCACAGAAGCAGGCAGACAAACCUCAGAGAGACACAUGAGACGUGUGCGAGAUGUUUGUUUUGUCCUUGUUGUGGUUCAUCUCUCUAAACCACCUCGCCUCUGUGUUUCUGCAGCUCCGCUCUCUCUCACCUGGAGUUGUCAUUAGUUAGCUGAGGACUGGAUGGCCCUCCAGCAAAUCAGCUUAAUAUUGUAUGAAAAAGGAUUUUCUAUUUUGUUAUUAUGCCUGGAACUUAAUGCUUCAGUGUGUUUCCAAGAAGUCAAAUGAACCCAUAGUCCUCCCUCCCUCGGGCCAUGUUUGGAUUUUAACAAGUUUUUUCUCUGUAUUUCUGAUGCACUGAGGCCUGCACGUAACAGAAGUGCUGUAAUUAUGAAAACUUUCUUUCAUGCUUUGAGAUUUAAUUAAGUUUAUGCUCUUUCAAACGUCGUUGAUUACUCUCUAAUUUGAAUUUCCUUUGUGUUUUAUAACCUUUUGAGAAGUGGGCAAACCUUAUGAUUGCUUUGAAAGUGAAGUAAUGAAGUGUUUUUCAUUUAUUUGAACUCCCAUAUUAGCAUCACAUCAGCACAAAAGUGAUAUUCAAACAGCAACUGCGUCUGUAAUUGUGUGUAUUACUCCAGUUAGAAGCACAGUGAGCUGUCAGACACAAACUUGGUCAACAGUGUGUAGAGGCAGAGAGCCGCAGCUGUUGUAUUACUGUAGUAUUGAGUGCAGAGGAGACUCUGCAGCAGCUCAGAAGAGAAGAUAAGCACAAACAGAUGUUCGACUCUUGCACAGGUGUACAUUUACCCAAUAGGUUUUACAGUAACUACUUUGUAUGCUGCAUGUAAAUUGAUUUUAACACUCAUUGAGAGAAGAGUAAUUCCCAUCAUAAAAAGAGAUAUUACAAGUGACAGUCACAUAAAAUACUUAGCUUAGAGAGAUCAGGUUAUCGUGUGACAAACUAUUGGAUUUCAACACACACGUUUUUAGUGGAUUCACAAAGGUAACUGUGAUUAUAAAGCUCAUAAAGGUUAAAACACACAUGAAGUGAAGUGUUAUAGCUUUCUCUGUACCGGUUAGGGGUCAACAUGAAGUUAAACAUAGUUCCUUAUACGAUUUGUGUUCAUUUUUCCAUCUUCCCUCAGUGAGAGAAUAGAGUCAAGGCAAAUUUUCUCCGUGAAAUUUUAUAUCAAGUCAGCGCUGCCAAAUCGUCUGUUUUGUUGGUUCUUCUCUCACUUAUAACGAAGUUCAGUGGGGAUGGUUAAUUUACUAGAUUUAAGCAAAAUUUUAAUUGAUUCAAUUUUCUCAGGAUGUUUUUAUAGUUGCAGUUAAGCCAAAACAAAAUACAAAUUGAUGCCAUGGGGUAGUUAAUCGUUCUUGGCUUUUGAAUUAUCAUUAAACAAAAUAUUUACAAGGAGAGGAAAAAACACUAGAUUCUAACAAAAGUGAAUUAAAAGCUUAGUUUUUUUCGACAAACUCAGGCUGAUGAGAAUUUAGUUUAAACCCCAAUGGUCUUUUUUAGAGUCUUUUUCUUGUUUGUUUUACUAAUUCCUCUUUUUUCCACCAAAAAGUUGAUUUAACAAUUUGAAUCUUAUGUAAAUUUAAACAAACACAAAAAUUUGUGCAGCCAAAACAAAAAUUGUGUUAUGGACUUGAUUUAUUAAUGAAGUGAUUUAUCCGCAAUGGAGCGCUGCAAGGUUAAGAUACACGUGUCUAACAUUGUAGUACGUUGAAUAACGCAAGUCAGUCCUACUUUUGAAGCUCUGAUUUAUUUUCUCUAUUAAAUGUUUAAGAUACAAAGUGUUCAUGUGCAUAACUGUUGAAACAGAGGUAGUUUUCCCACUGAGCAAUAGACGGCUAUCAGAUGUCUAGUCUUUUUUUAGACCUAAUUUCAACAAACUAGAUUCUGUUUAUUUUUAGAAGGAAUUUAGACGUUAACUCAUUAUUUGAUAACUAUUUAUUUCAAAAAGCAACUGUGAGUUGCAUAACUGAUCUCCAAGUACUUAACCAAAAGGAUUAUGACAGCCGUUGAGCGAUAUACAGUGUAGUAAAGAUAUAGCCAAGAUUUAGACUUGGUCUAAACUUGGUCUAAAUUAAGACGUCUAAAAAACUUUCAAUUUUAGAGCUGUGGUAGCCUGAUUUUAGACCAGACGUCUAUUGGACCUCUGUUAGACCAAAAAAUGCUCAGUGGGAUAGUUUCUCUGCUCAUCUUCUUGUUGGUUAACCUUGUUUGGUUAAGACAGUUUUCAUGAGAAAAAGAAGGUCUUCGGUGAAGUUAAGUUAGUGUGUUGGACUGAAAACAGAGUCUGCUCCUCAGGUGAUCAUAAAGGGAACGAUGGUUUCAUCUUCAGGUUUUAAGUCCACUGAUAUGUUUAUUUCAUCAUAUUAAGAAUACCUUUAUCUCUCUGUGCUGAUCUCUCAGGAAUACAAUUCGGUACCUGUUUCUUUUUAGAUAACGUUAUAUUUUUAAUUUGCGUUUAACAACUGCUUUUAUGAGGAUCGGUCCAUCAGUUCAUGGUUUUUAUUCUAAAACACUAUCAUGAAUAAAUCAGCGAAAUUAUAAGCACAGGGUAAAAAUCAACCCAGCGAUUACACUAAAUUAGGCCGGGAGCCGCCUGAGUGCUAUUUAGAACGAGCCAAAGAUAGAUAAUGAGUCCAGUGAGACCUCUCUCAAUUUUGGAUAUUUCUUUUAUCAGGCAGCAACUCAAAUUACAAUUUUAGCCAAUUAAGAUGAGAUAUUUACUUGUUUCCAGUUGGACGGACUUAAUGACAACCAUCAUAUGUGUGUGUAAGAAUUAACUAUUCAAAUAUGGCACCAUGACAUUGGCUUAAUGGUUUGUAAUUUCUUCCACAUAACAACACAGAGUCUACAUUUUUCUCUAGUCUUGUGUCUUUUUUGUCUCUUUAAGGAGAGGCUAAGAUGUUAAAAAACAAACAUAUGGAUGACCCCCCUGCUUUCCUUCUCUCUGACAACCAAUUAGAGGCUAUCAUUCAGAGUCUGGGUUUGAUCGGAGACCGUCUGCUUUGUUUACAGACCAAUCAUCAGCGAGGGAGGUGCGACCGCACUUUAAAAGGACGCUUUGUUUGAUAGAUAUUCAGCAUUUCCCCUGACUCCAGAUCCCUAAACACAGAAAGACGCUCAGCACUCAGCACCACUAGUAAGUACACUGAACUUGUUUUUUUAAAGUUACAUAUACUUCAGUAAUGUAAAACAUCAACUUCUAAAUGAAUGUCAUGUGAAGAGCACUAUUUUUCUAUUCAACGGCACAUUUUUAGACGAUAAGGUCUUUAUGACCCUUGCGGAUUGAAUUGGGCCUAAUUUUUCAAUGUGAGUUUAUUUUACAAAUCUGACGGCAACUGAAACACAAAUUGUAUUCAAGAAAACGCAUAUUAGUCCUUUAAAUUAAACUGAAAACUAUACUGGAAAACUUGUCACAGUAAUAAUCAAGAAAUCUUUUUUUAAAAGUUUACCGCUACACCCACAUACAAGUUUGAAAAGUUUAUUCAUAUGGCAAUAUGAGUAUAUAUUUUUAUAUGUGUAAUUAUUUAUAUUUAUGGAUUUUUUUUCAGAUGGAGAACUAUUGACGAUACUCAGUGAAGAAUCGCUCGACAUAAUUUCUCCAUUUCUGAAUUUUCAUAAAACAAGAGAAAGAGUGUUUCCUCUUUAACUGUGUGUGUAAAUUUGUUAAAUACUAAAUAUAAAACACAUGAAAACUUUAUGAAACUCAGUCAAAAUUUGGCCCCGAACAAGAUCUGCACUGGUGAAGGAGAAGAACUCUAAUCCCUCUUGUCUCACUGUGUUUCCUUCUCUCCUUUACAGCUCGCUCUCCUCCCCUCCUUCGUCUCUUCACUGAGUCUGACCCUCACCCCGUCUCCAACCCUCCCUCUCCAUCUUGGCUUGUUUUGAAGCGCCAUCCUGACUACUGAUACCAUCGUCUGGGUUUCUGGGUAGCAGCUCCACAGGUGUGCUUACUUUGAACGAGUGUUUACCAUCAAUCUCACCUCUCACUCCCCUGACCCUUUUUUCAACUUUAUUUUGCUCAGUUUUUUUUAACUCUGAUCUCAGAAAAAUGUAUUUUUCUUAAAGCAACAUUAAUUAGUUUCAUGCAAAGUAAACACACCUCUAACGAUUUAAGGUUUGAAAUAACAACCUUGGUGACCUUCUAAAUCCAUUAGAGACAUCCACACACUCUUGUAUCAGGAAACAUUUUGUUGACUUUCAUUUUCAUGUCAAUGACUGGGUCUGUGUUUUGUCAGAACAGAAAAGGAGUAUGCAAACCAGAAUUCGUACUUAUAUUUUUAAAUGGGCGGCUGGAAACACAAAAGACAAUAAGAGGAGAUAAGUACAAAUUAAACAAAUUAAAAUGGACUUUGACACAGGAGCGCAAGUUCACGACAAGUGUGGUAACAUCCUUCUGUUUUGAUCAUUCUGUUUUGGUUUUAUAUCAAAAAUGUUUGACAGACAAAUAAAAGACUAAAAGCAAAUGCUUCGUUAAAAAGUACGGAUGCCGCAGAUCAGUAGGGAAUAAAUACACCAACAGUAUUGACUUAGCUGAACAGCGUAGCAAAAGUUGUCCAUAUUACAGCCAAAUUUAUUUUUCAGUUGUCAUUAACUUUUUUUAUCUUGUAUUUCAGGUAAUUUGUUUAAAGUGAGUAAAAUAUGUUAAAACCCAGGAGUCAAUGCUCCUCAGUUAUAUAUGCAGUUGUAUAGUUACAGCUGCUCUCAGAGGUAGAUCCUUCAUUCAAAAACUGAUCUUAUAACCUACAAGAGGUAAAAUCAAUAAAAAAGAAACUGAUUCAAGGUUUUUCAUGCAGUAUAAUGAGUGACUGUUUACAUUAUAGAAAAACACUUGAGAGGGGAGAGAAGAGAUGAAGAUGAAGAAGUGAUAAAGGGAGAUAGAAAAGAGAAACGUCUACCUUUAACCACAGUCUAGGUGUGCUCCUGGGGCUGUGGUCUCUUUUUUUCACUCCUUUCAAACGGGGAGAGAUCCGUCUUUCGUGGAACAGGGGAGGAAGAGAGGGGGUGUGAGAGGCAGGAGGGAGAGGCAUGGGAUAAGAAUCUGCACCUUGACUAAAUCAAGGCCCACCACAACGCAGCGUACGCUUUACGUCUUCCCUCCGACAUUUGUCUGUUUCUUCUCAUUCAAAACCCACCACAGGCCGCCUACUCUCGACUCUUUCAACUUUUUGUCUUGCAUCUCCUCAAAUCUCUCCAAAUCUAGGACCACCUCAAACCCCUCUCUGCUUCCUGCUGAAUGAUUUCUCUUCUGAGCAAAAAUCGGAUACUAAGUUACAUCUUCAUCCCAUUUUACAAAUGUGUGAGAAUUUUUUUUUAUACUUGCAUAUCACUUGUUGUAAAAAGCAGAAAACUCUAUGCUGUCAUGUAAAAUAACCCCACCAUCUACGGCAGACCUUUUACAAAAAUAACAUCUUGGUCUGUUCUGGCUCCAUGUUGCGGAGAGGAUGAAUGCGAUAGUUGGAUAACUGUAGACUGAGCUCCUCUAAUAUUCUACGCCUCUAUGUGGAUAAUAUUUAAACAACAAUACAGUAAAAUAAAUUUUAGUACAUGAUCACAGCAGAACAGGAUAACAGAAGAGUAAAGAAAGAAGUAUUAUGUAGAAUUAAAAGUUAAAUUAAUUAGAAAAAUUAGCUAAUGGCAUUUGAAAAAGUCAAAUAUACUGAAUGGAUUUGAAAAAGUGUAUUACAAGCUAUUAUAAGCUUUUUUAAUCUAUUCUUCAUCUGUGAAUCAGAGGAAAGUAUUUUACGACCUCAGAGAAAUGCUCACGGUGUUCCACAGGGCUCAAUAUUAAGCCCAUUCAUUUUCCCAGUUUCUCAGCUGCUGUUGAGUAUUAGCGCUUUGUUAUACAAAAAAGAAAGAUGUAAAUUUUAUGAGUAAAAAAAUCCUAAUUUAGGGUGAUUAUUACUAUGUAUGCUAUUUGAAAGAGGAAGAUCAUUGGGGCAGCUAUACCUGUACUAAAAAUGAGGAAAACAGAGCGUCUUAAAGAAUGCUCAAUAUUUUAGCACAUCAGCAACACAAUGUCACACGUAUUAGGAUUCUUAAUGCAAGAAACUCAUUCUGACUCAAGGUGCUGGCUGCUCUUCUGAUAUCCCUGUACAUGUUAUUUUUACGGUUAUUUAGCUACAGCCCACGACUUUGACUUCUUUCUCGUGUGUUUCUUGUGUGUUCUAGCAGGGAUACAUUACGUGUGUGUUGCAUGGGUUGCUUCGAGGUCAUUUUAAAUUAAAUUUUUAACCAUUUUGUUUAUUUUAUAUUACUCGAUAAUCCGUUCAGUGUUUUUUUUGUUUUAUUACUUUUAAGUAACGUUGAAUUUGGAUUUUCAAGAACCCUGUCGUACAACUCUUAUUGAAUUAAACUAAAAAAAAAAAACAGACAGUGAGUGCAAAUAAAGAAUAUUUUCUUUGCACUUUCCAAGAGAUUGGUCUGUAAACUACAACCAUCAAAACCUUUGACGAGAUCACCUCAAACCACCUUUUUCACCGUCACACUGGUCCAUUUUUUAAGAGUUACCCUCCCAUUUCAUCUUUACUUUUAUGAUAUUAUACAAUUCUCAUCAUAAGUUAAAGUAAAAUGCAGAAUAUAUUUAAAUGUUUUUUUAAUAAAUAUUUUUCAGGUGCCUGGUUGAGAUGAAGAACAUAAUCCAGUCCAUCCUCCUCCUCACUGCUGUGCUGGAAACAGUAACAGGUAAGCUGCUCUAAUAACAGGUUUAAUUUUCCUCUGUUUGGGGCAGAACUGUCAGGUUUUGAGCAAUGUUUCAUAAAAUUCUCCUCACACUCUCAGGGAAAGAAGAGUUGGUGUAUGCUCAGCUGGGAGACACAGUCACCCUCAAAACUCCAGAAAGAGGGGCUGAAAAAGAAUACAUGUACUGGUAUCUUGACGACAUAAACAGCCUUCAAAUCGCCUGGCGCAAUCCCCUUGGCGGAAGCGGCUUCAUUGGCACAACGUCGAACCCAAUAGGUCUUAAACUUACUUUAAUCCGAACAAUAAACUUAAAACUAAGGUCCUUUCAUACUAACCACUUUUUACUGUCUUGUAGGUCAACACUGGAGCGCCUUGUCAUGGUCCGGCAACUCACUGGUCAUCAAAAACCUAAAACCAGAAAACUUUAUGACUGUGGUCUUAAGAUUUGGAAAUGGAGAAAUAUUCACAUACAGACUACUGGAACUCAUCAGUAAGAGCAAAAGAAAAACACAAACACAUAUUUCACUUAUGUCCCCUCCGACGUGGUGCUUUAUAUUCAAAUAAGGAAACUAAUUUUUGGUCAAAGUCGCAUGAAUGCUUUUGUUCUGUUCAAUGAGGUAUGACUGAAAUGUUUUCUUAAUUCUUAAACCUCUAUGAGGAGAUUUUAGAUAGUAAUUAUACAUGCAAAAAUUCACAUCAUGCCUCUAUGCAAGCUAAAAAGCAAAGCACAGCAGGAUCAUUUCUUUUUUAUUUAUUUCAUGUAAGUUAAACUGUGGUCCUAAGUUUGCUGGAAGACCAUAAAAUCGACUAUCUGCUGCAAAUAUUCAAAUUUUCUACUUCAAAGACUUGUUGUGUGUUGCAUGCUAAAUUAGGAUAUAAUUUAAUGCAAAAAAAAGAAGAAUACUUAAACAUGCAGCAGGAUAAGCAAAGAAAACAGAUAAAUCGUCCCAUUUGGAUUCAGCCGAAAUUGACUCAGCCUGAAAGUCCUUCACAGGAGUUUAAAGGUUUCAAGCUUGAUGAACUUUGGGCUCAUCCAAGACUGAGUCAGAAAACUGUUCGAAUAAGAAAGGCAAGAUCACAAGCAACACUUAACAGCUGACAUACAGGGAAGUUUUUCAAAGUCAAACUGCUGAGUUUUUAACAAAAUAAAGGAAAAAUUGCAAACAUUUGAUAUAACUUAUUUAAGUGACUCCUCUUUGUUUCUGUCUUAGUCUCAGGGAACCCAACCUCUCCUCUGCUGCCAGGGGAUGAUCUGAAUAUGAUUUGCAGCGCAGACACUUUUCAAAAUUACAAGAAUCCAGAGAUCUACUGGAAGAAUCCUCAGGGGGAAAUAACCAACCAAGGGAGGCUCCAGGUGAAAGUCACAGGCCGACAUGAUGGACGGUGGACCUGUGUUGCGACCAGGGGUGAAAAGGAAAGCGAAGCCAAAGUCUUUGUCACGGUUGUGGGUGAGUUAAACACGCUACAUACAGCUGUUUCACAUAAGUCCACACUCACCCUCAGCUAACUUUAUGAUUUAUGUAUUUUCCCUCUUCUUUAGACUUCUCCCCAAAUCUUCCAAUUUACCAGUACACGUCUGAGUCCUCGUCCCUGACCAUCCCCUGUUCAAUUCCCCAAAGCAUCUCCUGGGAUAAGAUCAAAGCUGGGGGCAUCCAGGAAGUUAACUGGCACUUUUAUCCUAAACCAGCACCAAACCUCAUUUCCAAUAACUCACAGAGGCUCUUUCACCUCCCUCUGGAUGAUAAGCUGACCUGGAAGAAAGAGCAGAACAGAGAUCUGACUCCUGUGCCAGACCUUAAGAAAGGAUUUCUGUCUUUGACCAGAAGGUUUGGAAGAGACGAGGACAGAGGAGACUAUGUUUGCUCCAUGAAGGUUCAAAAUGGCGUGACUCUGAACAGGACUGUUCAAGUAAAGGUGCUGCAACGUAAGUCAAUACAAAUCAUAUAACCAUGUAUUACACUCUUCUUUGCUUUUCUUCUAUUUUCUAUGUUGAGGUUUUGUCCUUCCUUCAUUGUCAUUCACAACAAGCCGGAGACACUUGUGUCUUCACCACCUCUCUGCUUCGUUUUUCAUCUCUCUCCUGCAGAGAUUAUAAGGAAGUGUCCCCGGUGUGACAUGAGUCUAAUUCAGCAGCUAAUACAGUUGUCUGGCUCCACUUGUUUUAAUAGAAAAUAACAAGCUUUUGCCUCCUGCCAGGAGAGUCUGAUAACACGAUGAAUUUUAAUUGGACUCUGUGUGUAGCACUGCAAAUUCUCAUUUUAUUCUGAACCGUUAUUUAAGUAGGAACACUGAAAAGAAACUAUUAUGAUGGAUUUAUUCAAGGCAGAGGCUUGUCUACCAAAUCUGGGUCCCUUGACUCAUUUUGAUCCCCCCCAGUUUGACCAAAUCCCCCAGGACUCCUGCUGCAGUUUAUGAAUUUCUUUUUUUGCUGUUGCCUCGCUGCAAAACUGACUUUGGUUUGUAUUCAAAAGGGUUUCUGAUCAUCAUCUUGAUCAUGACAGAGACGCACCCUGACUUUUUCAGUGAAGUCACCUGACCGGGGCGCUGACUUUUGCAGUCCUAUUAUGAUGCUAAUGUAGUAUCACAAAAGGGACUUAUUUUUGCUUUCUUUAUCAAAUCAAAUAAAUAAUUUAAUUUUUUGAUAUUCAAAUAAGAUUACAGUUUCAUCAUUUCUGAGCAAAAUGUUCAAACUUUAGAUCUUAAUAGCGCAAUUAUUUGAGCGCAGAUUAGUUAAAAGGACAUAGGUCAAAAGUAAAUGUUUAAAGCGCCAAACAAGCACCAUAAAUGCAGAUACAGAACGCCAGAAAAGCCUGUAAAUGUCAACAGAGCUGUCAAUCAUGAUGUCACAUUUGCUCCUUUUACAGUCAAAUAAGAAAUUAUGAGUUAAUUUGUCAGAAAAAUUUACAUUUUGACAUAAAUCAGCAUCAAAACAAUACCUAUAAUCUCAGAAACCAUGUCUUGAAAAAAUAUAUUUGAAAUGUAUUUAAAAUUUUUAAUCAUUUCCUCCAAAACUUGCUGCAUUAGAUCAUAUUUUUAACAGCAGGAAAACAUAAACAAGAAAACGUACCCCCACACACCCUGGGACAAGUGACAGUAGAGCGUCAACUUUUAAAAUGAAAUGAAUAAAAUAAAUGAAUAAAUUUAAAAAUAUUUUAAAAAAUAUCUUUGCAUUAAAUGUUUCAUACACGUUCAGGCAUGAACAGCUUUGCCUAUGAUGCAUUAGAAAAUUGCUUCAACAACAGUCCAAAGUGUGUAGUGUAUUUACUUUUGGGCUUUUUGCCUUAUUGCUCUAACAGGACAGCUGAAGAGAGACAUGAGAUGUGGGGAGAACAGAGUGGGUUAGACAUGCAUCAAAGGGCCAAGGCUGGGACUCAAACCAGCAGCGGCUGAUUAGAGGACUAUAGCUGCUGCCAACUGAGCGAUCAGCAUCCUUGAGAUUUCAAGUUUAUUCAAACACAGACAUCUGAGGAGACUAGCAAAUAUUCACGUUUGGGUUGCAGCCAGAGGAGGCUGAGAGUAUUAAGAGAGAAUGAAAGUCUGUCAUUGAAGGCUAAUGCACUUUUUGUUUACCUCAUUUUGUUUUCAUUGCUUUGUGCAUUGUGUUUAACUUUUCCCCCUUUUUUAUGUUAGAGAAAUUUGUUUUUAAUUUUUAAUUCGGUGAGUUUGGUUGCCACAUGGCAGCAGCAGAAGCCAAAGGCUCUGUUGGAUUCAGAUGGAAAGAAAAGCAAUAUUUUCCCAGGCUGUCCAAAUGGCAGUUCUCCUACUUCAUCUCAUACUUAUUUGAUGUUUUACUUCUUCAUUUCUGUCUUCUUUGUUCUUGCAACUCUUUCACUCUCUUCAGUAACUUCCGCUCCUGGAACAGAGUUGAUUUCUGGCCAGCAGGUCAACCUGACUUGCAGCCUUGGUGAACCGCUGCCCCCGGGCCUCAGUCUGACAUGGGUCCCACCUGAAGAAUCAUCCCUGACAUCUGGCGAUCACCCGGCCCAUCUCAUCAUCCCGGAAGUGGGGGUAGGAGAUGGAGGGGAGUGGAGGUGUGAGCUGCGGCAGAGCGAUAAGCGGCUGACUUUUGCUGCGAUAACUUUGAACAUCGGUGAGUGCAGGAAGUGAGAGCGGAGCAGGAAAUAUGACACGGGCACGACCUUGUGGCAACUCUGCUUUUUACAACACCGGAGAGUGUUUCUGUCUUCACUGCAGAAUGACUGUUUCUCUUUUUGCAGAACCCAAGCUGAGUGUGUGGAUGCUGGUGAUCAUUUGUAGUGUCACAGUCAUCGUUGUCCUCCUCCUCAUUCUCGUUUUCAUCAUCUACAGACGCAGACAAGUACAGAAAACCCCUUUUCACCCCUUUUUCUUCAAAUACAUGAAUACAAGAUUAGUGUGAUACUCAAGCUCUCCCUCUGUCUUUGUCUCUCAUGUUGCGUCUCUGUGGCUGACAUUAGCGGAAGACGACUCACCUCAGACAUCGGCUCUGUAAAUGCAAAAAGUGCGUAACAACCAUUUCCUGGACUGAUAUGCACACUCAUCAACAACAGUCAUGUCAUGAAAAUCUCAGACUCCUGAGCUAUUUGAUAAAGACACAAACCUUAAGAAUAAAACUGCUUUUUGUGUCUCUGUGUCUCUGUCCAACGCUAAAAUCAGAACUUGUGUUUUUUUGUGUUUCAGCCCCAAGCCCAGAGGAUUCUACAGGACAUAAAUCUCCUGCAAAGACAUUUUCAACAGGACAUCGGAGCCGAUUGAAUUUCUGUCCAGAGAAGAUGGAUUUUUCUGUCAGAUCCACUAAGCAGUGAACGUCUGUUAGGUGUGCUGGACGAGGGUCUGAAAGUUUAGUUAUUGUUGAAAUGUCAGGGAGGAAAUAUGUCUUAUAGUUGUAGAUAUCAAGAUUGUUUUAUAUUUGUAAUCUAACGUGGGAUUGAUGUUGGGAGGCUGUUUCUAUUUCACAGAAUUAUCUUGUGAUUCCUGAUGGACUAUUUUUACAUGAUUGUUUGUGAUAUAACUGUUAAUCACAAUUUCUUUUGUUGUGUGAUUUUUUUAUGAUGCUCGUUGUAUAGUGUUGCAUUUUUAGGCCUGGUCAAAUCCAAUUUAAAUACCCAGAGACCGAUUUUAGAGAUAUGAUGCUGUUUAACUUAAUACACCAAUAAAGAACUUUAUUAGUUAGCUCAAAACAGGAUCUGUUUGUCAGAUGAUUCUUAUUCUUUUGAGCAAAACUUCUCAAGUUUUAGAUAAAGACUGUCUUUAUUUUCAA